AUGAGCGGAGAUACAAUAUAUGAAGCCAGAAGAAAAUGCAAUGUUUCUAAAAUGAGAGCACACGAUUAUUUAUUUGAUACAUCUUACGUGGUGUCUGGUGCUCGGGAUUACGCCAGAGCGGCGUUUAAAGCCGCCAUGAGCUCCGCACAAGUGACUGUCCAUCCAGUUUACAAUACUAUGUUUUCUGAAUUGAGAGAGUACCCAAGAGUUGAAGUUGUAUACCAUCCUAACUGCCGUCUACCAAGUCACGUAGAUUGCUCGUACGGUGCAUAUCAAGAGCGACAGAAAGAGGCGCGGUCUGUUCCCCUUCCAGAUCCAACUUCUGGGAAGUAUUACUUCACAUUUUGUGCUGUACCUAAAAAGAUGGCGUUACAAUUAAAAAGUGCAACACCAGACUUUAAGCCGCCAACACCGUACUGCCCGUCGAAGUAUUGCGGUCGACCGAAGAACAAGGGCACUCAGAGUUUGUACAGGGAAUCAUCAGCUCAGACUAUCCCGUGGCAGUCGGAGGCUCGGCCAGCUGACGACUGCGAGACCACGCCAGAGGUGUUAUUCCUUGAUAAACUUCAAUGGGGUCCAGGACAUCCGUAUCGUCAGGGCGAUUUACCGGCCGAUUUUCACACAACUGAAAUUAUUAACAAGAUGCGUCACGCAAGGAAAUGGAUGGAAUUAGUUGAUAAAGGUCAGUUCCCUGGCUGGAUGAAGAAACGAGACGAUAUCAUUAAAGACGUCGAGACAAAGGAUUGGAUAUUUCGAGAAGCGGAAAUAGAUGAACUCCAAGACAUCAGAUUGGUGCUGCUGCAUCGACUACAGACAGAGCAGCGGCGACGCCGAACUAGUCGCGUCAGUAAUAAGCUGGCGAAGCUCUGGCAGGAGAAGAAGAAGGAGAUGGACAAGAAAGUUGAGAUCAUACGUAGGACUAGAGAUAGAGAAUUGCGGAAACUAUCAGCUCGUCACAGCAAAGGUGGCCGUGCUGGUGUUUUGCAAGAGAUGAAGGCAUCCCGUGGCGGUGGCUCUCCCACUGUCAAUGCGUACGAUCCCACUUCGAUGCUGCACGCGCCGCUGUCUAGGAACGGAUACCAGGCGCGCAGAAGACACGCGGAGAUCACAUACGAUCCGUCUUUACUGGUUCUAGAAGAUCAUCAGAAAGCUGCAGAACCACCUGCGUGGCUGGAGCGCUGCGGUCAGGAUCUAAAGCACUCGUGCUCAGGACAUCAUCUCCCGAGGAACACGACGCAGUUGUGCGAGAGAGAAACUAAAUGGAGUGAGAAGUACUUAAAGAAUUUGCACGAUGAUUUGAAAAAGGCUCGCCUAGGCGCGACUGUAUCGGCAGCUGGUCCACUCCGUGUGCUGAAGCCGCGCCGUCAGACGACCAACCUUCGUCCGCCUACUCCUGAAGUAGAGGCUGUGGAUGAUGAAGAAGAAGAUAAUCAUCAGCACGCCCUACUACUCCAGAAGAUCAUUAGAGGACGUGCAGUGCAGAAUCUGAUGUUCGAAGGUCGUACCCGUGCAGCUGAACUUACAGAAGAAUUAAAGACAACACACGGUCUGCAGAAAGAGGAUAAGGCUCGUAUUGCUAGAGAAGAAGCAAGAGCAAGAGAUCACAUCGCACUGCGAACGGAGACGGAACAAAAGGAAGACGCAGUGACCGCUUUAGUGGACGAGCUCUGUGGCGGCGCAGUGGCCGCUGCAUUGGACUUCUUAGAGAAAGAACUGCGAAGACUAAAGGAAGAGAGAAAGCAUCAUGCGUUCAUACUUAUUGCUUUGCGAGAAAAGACGAUGCGAGAAGCGGCAGAAGCAGGCAGAAGACAGAAAGAAGAGCACAGAAGACGAGAACAUGAUGAGAUGUUCAAACGGGUUCUUGGAGUGACUCAAGAGACAGUAGACGCGUAUCUAAAGGAGAUAGUCCAGGAGGGCGUGGAGCUCGCCAGCGAGGAAGACGCGGUGAAGAUGGCGCUUGGUAAAGCGGAUAAGAUCGAUGAAGCAAUGAGAAAUAAUGGAUCCAUGUCUACAGCAGAACAGAACGAACUAGUGGCAGAAUUAGUGCAGCAGUUCUUGCUGCCAGAAGCGCAUAAAGCAGCGUCACGACAUCGCAUCAGCGCAGCACAGGAGAGCAAAGUGGAAGCCGCGAGAAAAACUAUAUUCGAACUGUUUGACGAGUCAACUGUUGAGGGAGAAACUUGUACACGCUGUGGUGCUCUAUUGGACGAUGAGUGUCGCUGUAGGUACUGCAAGUUCGACCUGCAGCCGAUAGCUACAGUCUCACGUGAUGAUCCUCGGUGGAAGAAGGUAUUAAAGCGUCCCCAACAACCUGAGAAAUCUUUCGACGAACGAAUACCUCUAGAACAUGAAUUAAGAUACAAACUAAAUGACAUAUUACACGAUGCGGUGACAAUGUCCAGAAGACGAGCUACUGACCUGCAGGCCCUCAAAUUGGACUUCAAACAGGAUCUGUAUGAGAGAUAUCAAGUGCUUAUUGAUGCGAGGCAGGCGGUAGACGAUGCAAUCAACCGCGCGAUGGGUGUACUGCCGCCAGCAGUGCGACGUCCGGACCAGCAUUACUUCAUGAUCAGAAGGAUCUCUGACGCGCUAAGUAGAACGGAACCCUAUCCAAAAUCACCUUGUCCAAAGGAACUGCCCUCGGAGAUCCGACGUCGUGCUGAGGAGAAGUCGACUGAUAUAACAUGUAGAUGUGAAGGUGAAGGGUCCAUUGUGAUUGAACCUGAAGACACAUCAACAAUGUUACCCUCACAACUGCGAGCUCUGGAAGAUCUCAAACGAUGCAAGUGUGACGCAAAACCGCAGCAGUUUGAUGACACGGAAGGAUCAGAUACAGCAAGAGAAGAGGAUACUGAAAAAUCUUUCGAUGAAGAUGAAGGAAGAUCUGAAAAAUAG